CGGUAUCCGUGACGUCGUUCGUGACGUAGGGUCUGGUGUCCGGUUAGCUAGCUUCUGGCUAGUUAGCAAGUCGUUCAUACAGCGCGCUUAGAAACCGAGAAACUUUAGCUUACUAGUAAUUAGACAACAUUUUUCGUCGUUUGUGACCGCUGAUAUUGACAAUGGACGACGAGACAUAUCCUAGAACAUUGUACGUGGGAAAUCUCUCCAGGGAUGUCACGGAGAUUCUGAUUCUACAACUCUUCACCCAGAUAGGGCCUUGUAAAAGUUGCAAAAUGAUCACAGAGCAUACAACAAAUGACCCCUAUUGCUUUGUGGAAUUCUUUGAGCACAGAGAUGCUGCAGCAGCUCUAGCAGCCAUGAACGGAAGGAAAAUACUAGGAAAGGAGGUGAAAGUAAAUUGGGCCACCACUCCCAGUAGUCAAAAGAAAGACACAUCCAACCACUUCCAUGUCUUUGUGGGUGACCUGAGCCCUGAGAUUACCACUGAGGAUGUGAGGGCUGCAUUUGCACCUUUUGGGAAGAUCUCAGAUGCUCGUGUUGUGAAGGACCUGGCGACAUGCAAAUCAAAGGGGUAUGGAUUUGUGUCCUUCUACAACAAACUGGAUGCAGAGAAUGCCAUUGUUCAAAUGGGGGGCCAGUGGCUCGGAGGACGUCAAAUCCGGACCAACUGGGCAACACGAAAGCCACCUGCUCCAAAGACCUCUCAAGACAAUGGAUCAAAGCAGCUGAGGUUUGAUGAUGUUGUGAGCCAGUCCAGUCCUCAGAACUGUACUGUGUACUGCGGAGGGAUCCAGUGUGGAUUGUCUGAUCAAUUAAUGCGGCAGACUUUUUCACCAUUUGGUCAGAUCAUGGAAAUUCGAGUCUUCCCAGAGAAGGGAUACUCCUUCAUCAGGUUUUCCUCCCACGACAGUGCGGCCCAUGCCAUUGUGUCAGUAAAUGGGACAGUCAUUGAAGGACACAUAGUCAAGUGCUACUGGGGCAAGGAAUCUUCUGAUAUGACCAAAAAUUCACAGCAGGUUGAGUACGGUCAGUGGGGGCAAUGGAAUCAGAUGUAUGGGAGUACGCAGCAGCAGGGCCAGCAGCAGCAGCAGUAUGGGCAGCAGUACGUGACAAAUGGCUGGCAAGUUCCCUCCUACAACAUGUACGGACAGUCGUGGAACCAACAGGGAUUUGGAGUAGAGCAAUCCCAGUCACCUGCCUGGGUGGGAGGAUUUGGGUCUCCCUCAGCUCAGGCUGCAGCUUCGGCAGGGUCUGUUGUGUCCAACUUCAACAUGGCUGGGUACCAGACUCAGUGAACUGGUCCUAACGCAAGUCUAAAGAGAAGAACCAGCAGUCAAGGGCCGGUGGCCAUAUUCUCAAAGCCUAUAUUUGCCCCACAAGAACUGGUUUAACCGAUAUUUUAAACAGUAGUGCCCAACUCACUAAAAGUUUUAAAAAGAGUUCAGCCAAAAGCCGUGUUCUCACUCCUGUGUCACACUUUUAUUUGACCCUCUUAAGUGUGAUUCAUUUGACAUGAAUAACACGUUUGAGCUUUGCAAAAGGUUUUUUUUCUGCUUUCUAGGAUGUGGCAUCCAAAGUGUAGCAACGUUUGUCCCAGCUGAAUAUACCAAUAAUAAUAAUAAUAAUAGUGGAUACAAACACUUGAGCUCAACACAUGUGACCAUUAAGCAGUGAAGUCAGCCUGGACCAGAGCAAAGGGACAAGAGGUGGGAACACGCCAUUUGUCUUAGAUGUGGGCUGAAACAUCCCCAUCACGUCUAAUACACACACGGUCCUCCCCGCACAUUUCACAUUUUGAGUCAAGCUUUAAGAACAAAACACAAUGAAAUAUAAAAAAGACAUUAGUUUCAAAGCUCUUGUUAAAUCAAAUUACAGCAAUAUAAACAAUGUUCUUCACACUUCCAAAAUAAACUAUUUUGAGUGAAUGUUUGUUAGUUGCAGUCUCGUCACAAUGUUUAUGUACUGCUCAUGCUUGGGGCAUUUUCUAUCAUUUUCUACAAUACGAGGAAACGCCACACGUCUACAGAUGACAUAGCGUAUAUCACGUGUAACCCAUCAUUGCUCCAAUGGCAGUGAGCCACGGCAACCUUAACUAGUUGGUCUGCGUUCAGCCAACAGCCAUAAAUUUGCAUUGUUUUUGAUAUGAAUGACAAGUGCUUUGUGAAUAGAACUCAACCGUUUCUAUGGAGUGCUGUGGCUUUAAAUAAUUGUAACAUGUGGAGGCAUUUCUUAGUUUUCUAUACACACAAAAAGAUGCAUUUCACAGCUCCUUAAGCUUGCUCCCCCCCACCCCCCGAGUGAUUAACAGCAUGUUCUGAGUAAGUUUUCAUAUGUUGUAUUAUAGUAUGGAGGACCUGUCCCGUAGCAAGGACAAACUCCAGGGUAGGUUCACUUUUACAAAUAAUUACAGCUUAAGAAAAAUCACCUCCUUUAUGCUGAUUCUGGGCUGGUUUCCUAGAGGAAUAUCAAGUAUUCAAAUUUUUUUUUUUUUGCUUUUUCCUCAACUAUUGUAACCUUGGCUUUAGGCUCGUAGACCUAAGCAAAGAACAUUGGUCGCAGUUUCUUGCAUGGGUUUUUUAUUUGUCAUUUUUCUUUGGACAUUCGACUCUACUCUGGCACCUUUGUGCACCCUUGACUUCAAGGUAAAUCCUCAUUUAAUUGCAUAGGUGCCAUUUUUUACUGUGUUUUAUGACUGGUAUUAGUAAACAUACUUGAUGAUGAUUUCAUUUUGGGGGCAGCUGGGGUGGCUUAACACAACAGGGUGAUACUAUGAGUGACAAUAACUGAUGGCAGACAUUAAUACAACAGCCAUAAGGAUGUAUAUAACGCCCAUGAAAGGAAUGAACUGAUUUGGCCAACUUUAAACUCUCCACAGAAGAAUUAGCAAAUUUCUUCCAAGUAGCAGGUUGCAGAUGUUUUCGCUUGAACCGCACGAUUGUAAUAUAUUUGUUGCAUCAGAUAUUGAAUGUAAUGAAAAAAUGUGUAUAACAGAAGUGAUGUUUAAUAGAAGCUGGGAAUGGUUUUCAUUUUAAAACACAUUUAGUCACUUCAAAUAAAGACACAUUCAAACCA